GUCAAACACAUGCUUGAUUACGAAAGGAGAAAAUGACUGUCAGUGUUUAGUUGACGGAAUGUCCUCACAAUGAGUGCUGUUGAACUAAAAGAUCAAGGAAACAAAUAUUUCGCUUCCCGAAAUUACGACAGUGCCGCAUCAUGUUAUACAAAAGCUAUCAUUAAAAGCCCAAACACACCCACAUUUUAUACAAACAGAUCAUUAUGUUACUUAAAACUAAAGAACUGGGAGGCAGCUAUCCAAGAUUGCAGGAAGGCACUGGACCUAGACAGGGCGUCGGUAAAAGGACAUUUCUUCCUAGGUCAGGCUCUGGUGGAGAUGGGGCUUUAUGAUGAAGCCACAACAAGUCUUAACAGAGCACAUGACCUUGCGAAAGAACAGAAAUUGAACUUUGGAGAUGAAAUCACUGGUGCCUUACGGAUGGCCAAAAGAAAACGAUGGAAUGUUAUAGAAAAUAAACGCAUACAGGAAGAAAUUGAACUUCAGACAUAUCUAAAUCGCCUUGUAAAGGAAGAAGCAGAAAGACAGAGGGACGCAAUACUAAAUAAUACAGGAGAAGAAAAUGUAGAGGAGAGAUUGGGCAGUGUGGAUGAUGAACAUGAAAAGAGACUUAAAGAGGUUAACGAUUUAUUUGCACAGCUAGAUGUACGGAGAAAGACGAGAGACGUCCCUGAUUACCUCUGUGGUAAAAUCAGUUUUGAGCUGAUGAGAGAACCUGUGAUAACACCUAGUGGAAUAACCUACGACAAAAAAGAUAUUGUGGAGCAUUUACAGAGAGUCGGCCAUUUCGAUCCAGUCACCAGAGCAGACUUGAAACAGGAGCAACUGAUUCCUAACCUGGCUAUGAAGGAAGUCAUGGACAUUUAUCUGGAGGAAAACCCUUGGGCUGAAGAUUUCUAAACACUAGUCUCUCUCUUACAGUGAUAUAAUGUUUAAUAAUCAAAAUAAUAGAACUCUGGUCCCAGGCUCAUGAAACAAUCCUAUAAAAUAACAAGAUGUCUUGAGUUUUUACUUGGCCAAUCACAGGAAAGGUCAUGAACCUUGUCAAAUGUGAUUUGUUAAUUAAAAAUAAAUUGAAAAUUUAAUUAAAAAAUUGUUUCAUGAUCCCGGAGCGAGGUCUGCUGAUAUGAGGGUAGGGUUAUCACUGGAGUUGACAGGGUAACAUAUUUAAUAAUCUGAUUAGAUUAUCCAAAAGUGAAAAAAAAAGCUUUUUCUAAAUUCAUUUAACAGUAAGUUGCUUUUAUAUGAUAACCAACCACCUUCUUAAAAAGAGUCAUGUUAAAAAAAAAUCAGAUUGUGAGAUAACUUUUAAAAAAGACUGUUUUAUACUCCAAAACACUUGCUGGACAGUAAGGCAACCCGAUUUAACGGUGGUGGUUGCAGGGUUAUGGAGUUUGAUUUUUAAUAUUCAGAAAUGUAACAGAUGGUUUACGUUUCAUAUAAAGUGAAUAAGAAAUAAAAAAACAAAGCAGAAGUCUUUCUUUCAUAUUGACAUUAUCAAAAUUAUUCAUCAAUAUUGUAAUUUACUUUGAUCUGUCAAAGCUUUAAAUGACUUGGGAGGUUUAUAUUUGUCUCCAGGAGGGUCAAUUAUACAUUUGUCUCGGAGCGCUUGUCUGUGACAGAAUUUCAACAAUUGAAAAUCAGAUACCUUGUAACUUAGUCUUCCUGAAUGUACAACUGUUCUAUCAUACAAUCAAAGGAUUUUUAUUUAUCUUGACCCCCAUAAAUAUUUUUAUUUUUCACAAUAGCCAUGAUUUCAUGUGUACAAAGUGUAAUCGUCAAAGUGCCGAAAGUAUACACACUGCUUAAACCAAAAAUAUAUAAAAUGGCAUCUAUGGUAGAUAUAUCUAAUUAACACCAACAAAGGAAAAAUCUUAACAACGGUGUCCUGAAAGUGAUUUCUUUUAAGGCGAAAGUUAUGUACAAAAGAGGUCUGGAGCACAAAAGAAUUUCUUCGGUUGUAUUUAUUAUUCACUUCGAACUUAAAUGAUAAAAAGAGAAACUUGAGCUUUUUGAGGAGGAUAACGGCAUAAAGUAUAAACAAUGGGUAUUGUUUGGAAAUGUACAACAGCCUAUUCUUGUUUUCCACCGAGAUGUAGCAUAUUUAAGGGAGGGUGUGUUCCCAAAUGUUCAGCAGUAUAUUAUGGCUGGCCUGUCCCAAUAUUAAGUUUUACAUAUGAUUUAGAGGGGACACAGAAAAAACAGAUUAUCUUGCAGCGUAAUUAAGUUAUAUCGUUAUUUUUUGAAAAUUUCAAAACAUUGGUAUUUUCCCUUCUAAUUCCUGUAGGCUUAAACCAUUACAGUGACAGAUGAUUAUCAGUAACCAUUGUAUUUAGACAUUUUUCGGAGAUGUAAGUCAUACUGCUGUUGAAAAAUGGCACCAGAAUAAUUUAAAGUACCAAUAUGCUCAAUUUGACCUUUAGAGGUUGUGUUUAAAUUCAUGACAUCAUUUUAAUGAGCUGUUAGAUCUAGAGUCACUUUGGGUAUGAUGGCUGAACAAAUACCUUCCAGACUGCAUAAUACAUAUGAAAAUGAGAAUUGUUUUGGAUUGUAUACAGUAUAUCACUUAAAUUUUUGAUGUAGAUUAGAUGAACUGAUAUUUGUGAAAUCAAUUAAGAAUUUUAAUUAUAAGCUGUGUAUAUUUGGCUAUCAGAAAGGCAUUCAAGUUGGCAAGGUUAGUGUUUUCUGAAGGCAUUUUGAUCAAAUGUAUGCUCAGAGUAAUACAGUAGUCUUCAGGAAUGCCUUAAAACCAAAACAAAAAACAAAAAAUCAAAAAGUUUGGAUUCAAAUGGGCCAUAGGCAGAUUUUCAUUCAAUUUGUUUGUCUGAAAAAAUCUUUAUCCUGCAGAAUGUGUUAAUUAUUUGAAAGUUUCAAAUUGAUAGAUCUAGGCUAUAAAUGAAUUGGGGUCUUAUGUUUUUUUAUAUAUAUAAUUUUGGUCACUCCUUUUCCAAAGAUAUACAUGAUAAUGUAAGUCAGUGAUUUUUCCGCUGGUCAUUUGACAUGCUGGACAGACCAGAUCUAGGUGAAUGAAAUCAGCUGGAUGAUCAGCUGAAAGGUGACAAACUCUUAUAGAAAAACUUGUAUUGAAAAUUGUUUUAGAGCAGUUGAGAUAAACAAUUUGUUAUUUUAGAUUGAAAGUUUUGAAGAGAGAAUUCUUGUUGGUUUGAAAGUUUGGUAUGUAUCAUUUUACUUAAGUUGGAAGGUUAUUUUAUUAUUAUUAUUAAAAUAAACUGUAGAUUUGAGAAAAGUUUGAAUGAAUAAUGUAAGGAUGAAGUUAAGGAGGACUGAUUUUAAUAAAUCUUGCAAAAAGCCUGAAAUUUGAGGACGUUCGUGAAAAUGGGAUCAGUUUUGAAUGCAUGUUGAUGGAUUUGAGGAGAAGAAAGUGAAGAGUUUGGAAUCUUUGUACAAUAUGGUCAAUAGGCAUGUUUAUGUAAAUUAUUGAGAAAUAUAGAAUUGUUGCCAGAAACAAUGGAUUAUGAUUCAUUAACAUAAUUCAUGUGUUGUGUGUGUAAAUUGUGAUGGUGAGGGGUGCUUUUCGUUGUUGUGUAACGAUAUAUAUAUAUUUUUUUUUUCAAAUUGGACAUAAACUCAUAGUAUUGUUUUUAAACAUGAUUGAUUCAAAGAAUCAUUAAGGGUUGUUUCAGUGAAAUAUAUAUCCAACGGGAGGACAGAAUUCUAUGCAUGGUGCGUGCUGGAGAAAUCACUACUUAUGAUAAGGAAUUGUUUGUCUAAUGAAUAAAAUCACGUCUCUGAGUGGUCCCUGUUUGACAAACAUGAAGUUCUUCCAUUGGUUAUUUAAUUGUUUUCGAACAAACCGGAGGUUUAUCGUAUAUAUAGAUAUUAUACUGGAAUAACUCUUACUGUCUGUGAAUGUUUUUGUGUAUAAAGAGUUUUAUUGUCGAUACAAGAAACAGAAUAUGUGACGUCCCAGUUCAGUUUGUCUGAUGGCAUAUUCUUUGUUCUACGUGUGUGUGUAAAACUUAUAGUUGAAUAUACAUGUAUGUUGAUUAAUAUCAUGUUAUGAAACUCAGUAUAUACCAUUUAGAACACACAACAUAGCAUGUACAUGUGUAUAGUAAAAAAAAACUCAAAAAAAACAUCAUAAAUGUUAAGAUUACAAUACAUGUAUAUGCAUUUCGAAACUAUACAGAGUGUAAGAAUUUUUUUACCAUAUGAUUUAAUCAGUACUUAUUUUAAAAACUGUUUUAGUUAAUCUAAUGCCAUAUUAUUAUUUUGAAUGUUGUUUUCAUUUUGUUUUACUUUUCAAUGAAUGUACAUGUAUUGAAUCCCAGAUGUUGGAUGGGUUUUCCUUUUUUAAAAGUAAGAUUUAGUACUGCAUAUAAAUACUUUAAUAUUUUCUCUUCAAUUUUCACAAAAUAUAUAAAUGAAAUCUAAAAAUAUAGACCAUGGGUAAUUUGCAUAACCAAGGCUAAAAUUGGAACUAAUGGCAACCACAAAAUCAUAUUUGAAUACAGCAUGAAAAAUCAGUUCAUGUUGAAUCUAGAAAUAAGGAGAGGGUAAAAAUGUGAUCAUUGCUGUUCUGGUCUUUCAUACGCCCGUCAAAUCUGACGGGAGUAUUUAAGUUCAGGUAUGGCAUCUUCUGUUCAGUGUAAACUUUCAUUUGUCCAGAGAUCACCUUCAUUUUGCAACUAGAAAUUUAGUAGGCUGUAUAACCAUUUUUCAAUUGAUUAAAUUAUAUAAUCAAAAACCUUGUUUUCUACCGCACUCAUCACCUACAAAUAAUUUUUUUUCCUUUUCUCUUAGAUAUCAUAUCUCUCCCACAUUAGACUGCCAAACCCUUUAUAAUGCCAAAUAUUUCACUAGACAAAUGAUGGCAUUGUAUCUGAAUGAGUAACUGAUCAGAUAUACUGGUGAGUAUAUAAUGUACUAGUAAGAAAAGUUUCAUGUAAGUAAAAACUGGAGGAUGGAUAUUUUUUUCUUAUAAAAUGUGUAUGCACCCUGGUCAUUUGUCAAAUUACUUUUUAGCUAUUUAAUUUAAUUCUUUAUUAAUCGUAAACUGAUACAGUUCAUGGAUAUAACAUUUGCAUACAUUAAAUUACAAUAAAUAUGUCCAGGGUCAAUCAUACAAAAUCUAAUUUUCUGCUAAAUAAUUUCCUCGUAAUAUGUUUGUAUGAUGAACAAAUUUUCCUAAAUUACACAAUUCUUUUGUAUUACAAGAUGAUAGAAAUAUAACUAAUUUGAAGACGGAGGGAUUUACAUACAUGUAUUUAAAGAUAGGGCUCAAUAUAUUUGAUUCUCAGCUCACAUUACAAGGGGCAUUUAAAAAUGAGGUGAUAUUCAUCCUCGAUGUCUGAGUAAGACAAACAGGGCAGGUUCUAAGAUACCUAGGUACGUUUCUAUGUCUACCUGACUCGAUAAGGAGACAAUGGGAAGGUAAACGUAAUCUAACAAUACCUUUUUUUCUAUAAUUAGCAGGAAUUAGUUUUAAAAGAUAUGUUUGCAACGUUAAAUGAUCUACAACAUGCCUGUAUAAAACACAUUUCGGCGAUGACACACAAAAAAAAUGUCAAAUUCUUGUUUGAAAUUGUCUAACAAUCGUUGUUUUACUGUAGCUAUGAAAUAACUUAUAUUUGUAACGUGUUGGGAAACCCACAUGUUCAUCAUACCUAGUGAGCACAGCUCGUGUUUUACUUUGGCAACCCAGUUUUUACAAUUUGGGUUCACCUCACAAUAGUUGUACAUAUAUUCGUAACAUGCAUUUAAUAUACAAUUUUUGGUAGAAGUUAAUUUACCCCAGUAUUUGAGUAUUCAAUUUACGAGAGAGGACCAUUUAAAACCUUCCCAAUUCAAAGUAUACCAUAGCAUUUGGUGUCAAACUCCAAAGAAUAUUUUUACAAAAAUCUAAAUGUAGCUAAGACCUGCCUCAAUUUUGUGUUCAUCUCUCUUCAUAUUAAUGCAGUUGAAUGCAAACUGUUUAUAAUCUGGGGAUUAUCAGUAAUAAUCUGAGUAUGGGAUUAUCAGUGAUAAUCUGAGGAUGGGAUUAUCAGUGAUAAUCUGGGGAUGGGAUUAUCAGUGAUAAUCUGAGGAUGGGAUUAUCAGUGAUAAUCUGAGGAUGGGAUUAUCAGUGAUAAUCUGAGGAUGGGAUUAUCAGUGAUAAUCUGAGGAUGGGAUUAUCAGUGAUAAUUUGGGGAUUAUCAGUACAAACAAGGUACAUACUAUGCUAACUUAUUUGUUGUUACCAUAUUUGUAGAAUAAUGAAGCAUUCUAUUUCUCAAAUUUUAUGUCUUGAGUAGCCAUGUUUGUCUGCAAGUUUUAAUAUGUUGUAUGGAAGAAGUGUUAUUUUUUGACUGGUAAAAUAAAAUGCUAUAUUACACAA